AUGGACACAGAACCGAUGCCUAUCGACGCCCACGAGGAUACUCUCGGCGGCAUCGAAGGCUCCCCACACGUUGGCGGCAGUGCCCAAAUACGCGGCAGCGACCGUCGUCACGGACAAUCACAAUCGCUUGAUCAGGGAUUCGGCAGUCAAGCGCACCAGUCUCCACAUGCCGAUGAUAUGGAAAGGUAUAACACGCCGCCGAUCCCGCCGCCAGGACCGUCACUAUCGAGACCUGCUUCUGGCCUCUCUGGUGGUUAUCACAACGGCAACAGUCAUGCCAACAACAAUUCGGCCGAUCAUGUUUCUAGGGGAAGCGGCGCGCAUGUAGAGUCCGGGUCGAGUAGGGACACUGGGCGGAACCAUGUGGUCAUCAAGGUCGGAAUGGUUGGAGAUGCACAGAUCGGCAAGACAAGUUUGAUGGUUAAAUACGUUGAGGGCAGCUGGGAUGAGGAUUACAUCCAGACACUUGGUGUCAACUUUAUGGAAAAGACGAUCAGCAUCCGCAACACGGAAAUCACAUUCAGCAUUUGGGAUCUUGGCGGCCAGCGCGAGUUCGUCAACAUGCUGCCACUGGUUUGCAACGAUGCUGUUGCUAUCCUCUUCAUGUUUGACCUCACGCGAAAGAGCACCCUCAACAGCAUCAAGGAGUGGUAUCGCCAGGGAAGGGGGUUUAACAAGACGGCCAUUCCGAUAUUGGUCGGUACCAAGUACGACCAUUUCGUAAACUUUCCAAGGGAAGACCAAGAGGAAAUUUCGAACCAAGCACGCCGGUUCGCAAAGGCUAUGAGGGCAUCUUUGAUCUUCAGCAGUACAAGCCACAGUAUCAAUGUGCAAAAGAUUUUCAAGAUUGUGCUUUCCAAGGCCUUUGAUCUCAAGUGCACCAUCCCAGAGAUUGAGAAUGUUGGAGAGCCUCUACUUCUUUACCAAUCGUGCUGA